UAUUGAAAUACAAUCCACGGGAAGACAUCCCUUAUCAACAAGGGUGACUGAACCAUGCAUAUUUGUAUACCUAACCCUUAACUGUACCCCACAAUUUUAAAAUAAAAAAAUGCCUUUCUGGCGGUGAUGACCUACCCAUGAGAACAUGCCUCUCGCAAAGGACCUCCUUCAUUCCUCUCCAGAGGAGGAGAAGAGGAAAUGCAAGAAGCACCUGGUGCAGAGCCCCAACUCCUACUUCAUGGACAUGAAAUGCCCAGGAUGCUAUAAAAUCACCACGGUCUUCAGCUAUGCACAAACAGUAGUUUUGUGUGUUGGCUGCUCCACUGUCCUCUGUCAGCCUACAGGAGGAAAAGCAAGGCUCACAGAAGGAUGUUCCAUCAGGAGGAAGCAGCACUAAAAGCACCCCAAUCAAGAUGAAUGGGAAACCAUCCCAAUAAACACAUUUUGGAUAAAAA